GCGAGAGGAUAUACGAAAGCGCGGGUUGUUAACGGGAGUCCAUUGUAUUUCUAGUCGGUAUUAACUGAUCAACAAUUAACCUGACGACGUUAUUAAGUAGUGAACUAGUGAGUGUUAGUGAUACUUGUCUAGAAAAUUUUCGACGACUGUGUUAAAAGUGAGAAGUGCAACUGUCUGCUGAUAGGCAACGCCAUGCAGUGAUCCAAUGAUAAGUCGUUAUUCAUUUUCAGGACUAGGGACCAGUUGGCCCAGUGUUGGUGACAACGUGAGCGAGAUGUAUUGCCGAGUGCUCGAGAAUGCGUGUGCACUCUUAGGAUUUAUUUAUUUAUCCAUCAGUGGAAUCGAGAGUGCUGAAGCUGUUGGCAAACCCAUUUGGAAUGCGACGUGGACGGAUCAGCUGAAGCGUGAUCUAUUUCUUCAUUAUGACAAAUAUGCUCGGCCAGCACAACACUAUAAUGUUACAACAGUGCAGUUUGGAAUGAAAGUUUAUCACAUUUCGAUAAAUGAGUUCAAAUCCGCUGUGGACGUCCGGGCCUACGUAAAAAUGAUGUGGACCGACGAUAAACUGAAAUGGAAUGCCUCAAACUAUGGAGAACUGGAUCAUCUCCAAGUGGGUAAUCACGAGAUUUGGCAGCCAGACAUCACCCUCUUAAACAGCGUAGGAACUUCAUCGAUUGAGCCCUUUAGUGAUGCACCGUGUCACAUUCUCCAAACAGGACUAGUGAUAUGCACACCACCGACACAAUUUCUCGCAAUCUGUGACCUUGAUUUUCACCUAUGGCCGUACGAUACCCAAACUUGCAGCAUUGAGAUUGCCUCCUGGGCUUAUACGGGCAGUCAGAUAGAGUUAAAAUUUCCGGUUCAUGGAGAGGCAGCUGAGAUCGAAAUGGCUCAGCACAGCGAAUGGACGCUCAUCAGAGCAACAAAACUCCGUAAAGUCACCACUUACCAGUGCUGCGUUGAUCAACCUUUAAUUCGUCUUCGAUUCAACUUCACCUUGAAGAGGAAUUCGACACUAUAUGCAAGUGUUUUCGGCGCGCCCACUGUUUUUAUUGUCUUCAUGAAUUUGGCAAUAUUCUGGCUGUCACCGCAAAGCCGAGAGCGUCCGAUUCUCUGCAGCCUCUUGGCACUCAUAAUUUCAUUAUUUCUCGUAUAUUUUACACAUUUUAUACCAUCAUCACCGAGAACACCUCUGAUAGUGAGCUUCUACACAGGGUGCCUCCACCAGGUGACGAUAUCCUUGAUAAUUUCCGUUGCAGUGAAAGUUCUGUCUAGAAGACCCUAUUGUCGACCUCUUCCUCGAGUUGUUAAGAAAAUUCUGAUGGGACAAAUUGGAAAAUACUUGGGGUUGUGUGAUCUUGUUCAUCUUUUACAGUCACAGCGAUCAGGUGCUGAUGAAGAUCCUAGAGACAUAGGCUUCAGUGAAUCAUCUCUCUACCCCUCAAAUCCACUAUCUAACGAGCCGGAUAACGAGGACAAGGAAAAUAUGAUAAGUUCCUCCUCAGCAACAGCUCAACUUGAGUGGAUUUUAGCUGCCACAGCAGUAGACAGAAUUUCGUUUUUAAUUUUCUGUUUUGUGUUUUCAGUGAUGGGCAUGACCUACAUGUGUUAGAUAUUCAAUAUUUUUUAUUUCAUGACGAUUUAUACAUCGAGAAGCUACACAUUGUAAAAUAUGCCAAAUGUGAUUAAUAUAAUUGAUAAUAGAGAAUAUAUCUUCACAAAACUAGCUGCUUCUCGUUAUUUUUUUUUGAGUUAUCAUUCAAUUUUUUUUUUUGAUUUUAUGCAUUUUAUUGAAGGAGUGAAGAAUGAGACAACAUGAUGGGCAUUUCUCGAGCAUUCAGAAUAAAUAAAAAUAUACAUUAAAAAAAAA